AUGACGGAGAGAAAAUCUCUAUGGGAGAUUUUGGAAAAAGUAUAUGCUGAUAAUAAACCAUCAGUUAUUGGGGGAGAUUUUAACUGUAUUCUAUCACAAGAGGAGAAGAGAGGAGGCAAGAAAUUUGUGUUCUCUCAAGGAGCAAAAGAUAUGAAGAUGUUUAUGAGCAACAACGACUUCCGUGAAGUUGGGUUUGUUGGAUCCAAAUUUACUUGGUGUAACAACAAAGAAGGGGGAUGCCGUAUAUUAAAAAGAUUGGAUAGAUGUCUUAUUAAUUCUUUUGCAAUGAAUUCUAUCCAUCUUGCUGUGGUGAAGCAUUUGUCUCAUAUAGCUUUGGACCACUGUCCAAUUGUUUUGGAGGUGUUCAAAUCGGUGGAGUCUCACUACAAAAGUUUUGAUUUUGAAGAUGUGUGGGCUACCUGUCAUGGGGCUUUUGCUAUUGUAGAAAAUACUUGGAAGAAGGGGAGAGGGAAUGAUCCAGCCAUUUCACUGAACUUGAAGUUUAAAAGAACUUUACAGGUCUUAUUCUACUGGAGCAAUGUAAAAUUUAAGAGUUUAAAUGUGUUAAGAGAUUCAUUAAAGAAAGAAAUCUAUGAUUUACAACUAGAAGAAGCUGAGGAAAUGCUCAAUGAGGCAAAGCUGUUGCUACUCAAGAAAAUGGUAAAUGAAUUAAAUUGUACUUUGGCAAGAUUGAAUAUUUGGUGGAGGCAAAGAGCCAAGGCUAGGUGGUUGGAGGAAGGUGAUUCAAAUUCAGCUUUCUUUCAUUCCUUUGUAAAUGCUAGAAGGAGCUCUAACUGGAUCAAUCAUGUUAAAAAUGAAGAUGGUGUACUCACGGAUCAGCUCAAUGAGAUUGAAAGUAUUUUUUCAAAUUUUUUCAAAGCUAAAUGGAGACACAUAACCUGUAUGGUGGAAGGGUGGCCAAAACCGUUUGCUGUUUUGGAUAGAGAGGAUCAACUCAAACUUGAUGCAGAUUUUUCCAAGGAGGAGCUUCAAGUUAUGGUGGACAAAUUGGGAAGAAUAUUUCACCAGGCCUGGAUGGAAUUACAUUCUCUUUUAUAA